AUGGAUCCUGAUUUCAAUUUUCAAGGUGGAGAUGACAUUAGAAGCAUGGGGUUGGAAGAGAUGCGGCGUCAGAAAGUGUUGCUUGCAAGUGAAUUGAAAGCGAUUGACGCACAGAUCAGUGAUCUAGCGUUCAACAACUAUGGAACAUAUGCAGACGCUGGAAGAGCUACACAUGAUUGCUCAAAAACAUUUGGAGAAAUGCGGGAUAAGACUGUGGAUCUUUCGGUUCAAGCCGAUGAAUUAACCACUGCUUUUCAAGAGUUUCGCGUCAAAGCUAAGCAACUUUCUGAUGAACAAGAGUUAGUUAAGAAAGCACUUGAUAAGUCAAAUCCAAUUUGGGAACUUCUGACUCUCCCUUCGCGCAUGGAUAUCUGCAUUCGAGCUGGUUACUAUGAUUUGGCAUACACGCUGACUAAUUAUGGAAUGCAACUCCAACAACAAACUCAACUUUGCAGAAAUCCACUUAUUAAAAAAGUUGCUGACCAUCUUGUUGAAGCUCGAUCUUAUCUCCUUGAAGAGCUUUUCAAUAAAUUCGCUGGACCAUUAGACCUCGCUGAAUCAAUCAAAGUUGUGAACAAUGUUCGAAAAAUGCCAUAUUUGACUGCAAAUCAGUUGAGAAUCGCCGUUCUCCAACAUCGAGAUAUUUAUUUGGAGAAACAGAUUUUGGACAUUUCGGUAUGA